AAACCGCAUACAGGCGCGCGGUGACAGACAAAAAUGGCCCCUCGCGCUGCUUCCCCCGCUCUGUCGGAGAAUGAAUUCGACAUCACCAAUGCGCUGUUCCAGCAUGACAGCGAUUCCGAGAUCGAACAAGUCCCGCACAAGAAGGCCAAGCGCCAACCCCCGAAGGCGGCCGCGCCGCAGCAACUGGAUUUCCUAGGCGGCAACCACGACGAUGACGACGACGGCGAAGAUGACGAGGCAUUCAUCGCGGAGAGACAGGCGUCGGCCAACCGGAAGGGCUCGAAUCUCAAGGGCCGCACGGUCAAGAAGGGCGGCGGUUUCCAGGCGAUGGGGCUGAAUGCGAACCUGCUGAAGGCGAUCACCCGGAAAGGGUUCUCGGUGCCGACGCCCAUCCAGCGCAAGACGAUCCCCGUCAUCAUGGACGACCAGGACGUGGUGGGCAUGGCGCGCACGGGUUCCGGCAAGACGGCCGCCUUCGUGAUCCCCAUGAUCGAGAAGCUCAAGAGCCACAGCACCAUGGUCGGCUCCCGCGCGCUGAUCAUGUCGCCCUCGCGUGAGCUGGCGCUGCAGACCCUGAAGGUCGUCAAGGAGCUUGGCAAGGGCACCGACCUCAAGUCCGUGCUGCUGGUCGGUGGUGACAGCCUCGAGGAGCAGUUCUCCAUGAUGGCCGGCAACCCGGAUAUCGUCAUCGCCACCCCCGGUCGGUUCCUGCACCUGAAGGUCGAGAUGAACCUGGAUAUGUCGAGUAUCCGCUACGUGGUCUUCGACGAGGCCGAUCGGCUCUUCGAGAUGGGUUUCGCCGCCCAGCUGACCGAGAUUCUGCACGGCCUGCCCCAGAACCGCCAGACCCUGCUGUUCUCGGCCACCUUGCCCAAGUCGCUGGUCGAGUUCGCCCGCGCCGGUCUGCAGGACCCGACGCUCAUCCGUCUGGACACCGAGAGCAAGAUCUCGCCGGAUCUGCAGAAUGUGUUCUUCUCUGUCAAGUCCGGCGACAAGGAGGGUGCGUUGCUCUACAUCCUGCACGAGGUGAUCAAGAUGCCCACGGGCCCCACCGAGGCGGCCCGGCGCCAAAAGGAGGACGAGAAGAAGCCCUUUAAGGACCGCAAGCGCAAGCGAUCGGCGAUGGAUAAAGCCAUUAACACCAAGGAAUCCCCCACCAAACACUCGACCAUCGUCUUCGCCGCCACCAAACACCACGUCGAUUUCCUGUACUCUCUCCUCUGCGAGGCCGGCUUCGCCACCUCCUACGUCUACGGUUCCCUUGACCAGACCGCCCGUAAGAUCCAGGUCCAGAACUUCCGGUCGGGUAUUUCGAAUAUUCUCGUCGUCACCGACGUCGCCGCCCGCGGUAUCGAUAUCCCCAUCCUCGCCAACGUCAUCAACUACGACUUCCCCUCGCAGGCCAAGAUCUUCGUCCACCGUGUCGGUCGUACCGCCCGUGCCGGCCGCACGGGUUGGAGUUACAGUCUUGUCCGGGACCAGGACGCCCCCUACCUGUUGGACCUGCAGCUCUUCCUCGGUCGGAGGCUCGUGCUGGGUCGCGAGUUCGGGGACCAGGUCAACUACGCCGAGGACGUGGUCGUCGGCAGCCUGCCCCGGGACGGGCUGUCCCAGAACUGCGAGUGGGCCGCCAAGGUGGUCGAGGACUCCACCGACAUCGCCAACCAGCGCGCGGUCGCCGCCAAGGGUGAGAAGCUGUACAUGCGCACGCGCAACGCCGCCGCCCUGGAGAGCGCCAAGCGCGCCAAGCAGGUGGUCGCCUCGGACAACUGGGCAGCCACCCACCCGCUUUUCAGCGACGAGACCUCGCAGCUGGAAGCCGAGCGCGAGAAGAUGCUGGCCCGCAUCGGCGGCUACCGGCCCACGGAGACGAUCUUUGAGGUGAACAACCGCCGCAGCGGCAAGCCCGAGAACGAGGAAGCCCUCAGCACCAUCCGCCGCGUGCGCACGACGCUCGACUCGAAGAAGAAGCGCCAGGCGCAAGCCGAGGAGCAGUCCGAGUUCGUCGAGGAUGCCGUCACCGGCGGAGCUGCAGGUGAUGGCAGCGACAACGACGAGGCCGUCGCCGACGGCGCCUUCGACGACGAAGAUGAAGCCACCGGCAUCCCCGACAACAUGUCCAUGGCGUCCGAAUCCGACCUCGAAGUCACCUUCUCCGCCUACGGCAGCAACAAGGACAACAAGGACAAGAAUGCCAGCAACGCGGCCUCCUUCCAGAACCCAGACUACUUCAUGUCCUACACCCCCACCAACAUCAACCUAGCCGAGGACCGCGCGUACGGGGUACACUCCGGCACGAACGCCAACUUCGCGCAGGCGUCGCGCGACGCCGCCAUGGACCUGCUCGGCGACGAGGGCAGCCGCGGGUUCGGCGAGCCCCGCACCAUGAUGCGCUGGGACAAGCGGCACAAGAAGUACGUCGCGCGCCAGAACGAUGAGGACGGCUCCAAGGGCACCCGCCUCGUGCGCGGCGAGAGCGGCGCCAAGAUCGCCGCCUCCUUCCGCAGCGGCCGCUUCGACGCCUGGAAGAAGGGCAAGCGCCUCGGCCGCAUGCCCCGCGUUGGUGAGGCCGAGACCCCCGGCAUGUCGGCGGAUCUGGAUGCUGCGGGCCGCCAUGGUGGCGGCAAGCGCUUCCGGCAUCGGCAGGAGCGUGCGCCCAAGCGCGCGGACCCCUUACGCGGUGAUUAUGAAAAGAUGAAGAAGAAGAAUGAUGCUGCCAAGGAGCGGCAGUUCAAUAAAUUCGGCGGUGCUGCGGCGGGGGGCAAGAGUGAGAUUCGGGGGACGGAUGAUAUUCGUCUCGCGAGGAAGUUGAAGCAGAAGCGCAUGGAGAAGAAUGCUAGGCCUUCGAGGAAGAGGUGAUGCUUUGCUUACUUUUCUCGUGGGGUUGGUUGGGG